AUAAUCCGCUUCUAGCUUGUUUGGAAGCGUGGGCAGUUGGGAGCCGGACUUCUGCGCGAAUCCCUUGCAGGGGCUUGGAAAGGAGGAGGAUUGGGGGUGGCUGCUCAGAGAAUCACACCUCCGCUGCCUGGAGGGUUCAUAGGGGCCUUCCUGUUUCUCUCCCCCCUUUAUUUGGGGGUAUCCCUCGCGGAUAAAGGGAUGAGUUUUUUUAGUUUCUUAAAAAGCAAGCUGCAGUAAAGAAGAGCUGCCCCAGGUCGAGGGGAGGAGAGGAAGUGCACGGCCGUCGGUAACGUGCUGCCGGGUCCCAGGAUGGAAGAGUGAAGCCCCCGCCGCAUCGCGCCGGUCCCAGCUCGCGGAGCCCGCCAGCAGCCAGUCCCCGGAGAGGAGAGCGCCCUGAGGGUGCAGGGUGGCCGCCUGGUCCAGGAAUGUUUACCCUUGCGGAAGUUGCUUCACUUAAUGACAUUCAGCCAACUUACCGAAUCCUGAAACCAUGGUGGGACGUGUUUAUGGAUUACCUGGCUGUCGUUAUGCUGAUGGUAGCCAUCUUUGCAGGAACCAUGCAACUUACCAAAGAUCAGGUGGUCUGCUUGCCAGUAUUGCCAGCUCCUGUAAGUUCAAAGGCACAUGCUACACCAGGAAAUGCCGACGUUACCACCAACAUCCCGAAGAUGGAAUCAGCCACAGACCAAGACCAAGAUGGGCGGAUGACAAAUGAGAUUUCCUUUGGCGCAUCUGCUGUGACACCUGACAUACCUCUCAGAGCCGCAUAUCCUCGUGCAGAUUCCACGGUUCCAAAUCAGGAGGCCAAGAAAGAGAAGAAAGACCCAACUGGCCGAAAGACAAACUUGGAUUUUCAGCAAUAUGUGUUUAUUAAUCAGAUGUGUUACCAUCUGGCCCUUCCGUGGUAUUCCAAGUACUUUCCAUAUCUUGCUCUUAUACAUACUAUUAUUCUCAUGGUCAGUAGCAACUUUUGGUUCAAAUAUCCCAAAACAUGCUCAAAAGUAGAGCAUUUCGUUUCGAUCUUAGGAAAGUGCUUUGAAUCUCCUUGGACUACUAAAGCGUUGUCUGAGACAGCGUGUGAAGACUCGGAGGAAAACAAGCAGAGAAUAACAGGUGCCCAGACUCUACCAAAGCAUGUGUCUACAAGCAGUGAUGAAGGGAGCCCCAGCGCCAGCACCCCGAUGAUCAACAAGACUGGAUUCAAAUUUUCAGCCGAGAAGCCCGUGAUUGAAGUCCCCAGCAUGACCAUCCUGGAUAAAAAGGAUGGUGAACAGGCCAAAGCCCUGUUCGAGAAAGUGCGGAAGUUUCGUGCUCACGUGGAAGACAGUGACCUGAUCUAUAAACUCUAUGUGGUCCAAACAGUUAUCAAAACAGCCAAAUUCAUUUUCAUUCUCUGCUACACAGCAAAUUUUGUCAACGCAAUCAGCUUUGAACACGUCUGCAAGCCCAAAGUGGAGCACCUGACCGGUUACGAGGUGUUCGAGUGCACCCACAACAUGGCGUACAUGCUGAAAAAGCUGCUCAUCAGUUACAUAUCCAUCAUUUGUGUGUAUGGUUUUAUCUGCCUCUACACUCUCUUCUGGUUAUUCAGGAUUCCUUUGAAGGAAUACUCUUUUGAAAAAGUCAGAGAAGAGAGCAGUUUCAGUGACAUUCCAGAUGUCAAAAAUGAUUUUGCGUUCCUUCUCCACAUGGUAGACCAGUAUGACCAGCUCUAUUCCAAGCGUUUUGGGGUGUUCUUGUCAGAAGUCAGUGAAAAUAAACUUCGGGAAAUUAGUUUGAACCAUGAGUGGACAUUUGAAAAACUGAGGCAGCACGUGUCACGCAAUGCCCAGGACAAGCAGGAGCUGCAUUUGUUUAUGCUGUCAGGCGUGCCUGAUGCUGUCUUUGACCUCACAGACCUGGAUGUGCUAAAACUCGAGCUGAUUCCAGAAGCUAAACUUCCUGCUAAGAUUUCUCAGAUGACUAAUCUCCAAGAGCUUCACCUGUGCCACUGCCCUGCAAAAGUGGAGCAGACUGCUUUCAGCUUUCUCCGCGAUCACUUGAGAUGCCUUCACGUGAAGUUCACUGAUGUGGCAGAAAUUCCUGCCUGGGUGUAUCUGCUCAAAAACCUUCGCGAACUGUACUUGAUAGGCAAUUUGAACUCUGAAAACAAUAAGAUGAUAGGCCUCGAAUCUCUCCGAGAGUUGCGGCACCUUAAGAUCCUCCACGUGAAGAGCAAUUUGACCAAAGUCCCCUCCAACAUUACUGAUGUGGCCCCACAUCUCACCAAGUUAGUCAUUCAUAAUGACGGCACUAAACUCCUGGUACUGAACAGCCUUAAGAAAAUGAUGAAUGUUGCCGAGCUUGAACUCCAGAACUGUGAGCUAGAGAGAAUUCCACAUGCUAUUUUCAGCCUCUCUAACUUACAGGAACUGGAUUUAAAGUCAAAUAACAUCCGCACAAUUGAAGAAAUCAUCAGUUUCCAGCAUUUAAAACGACUGACUUGUUUAAAAUUAUGGCAUAAUAAAAUUGUCACCAUUCCACCCUCCAUCACCCACGUCAAAAACUUGGAGUCACUUUAUUUCUCUAACAACAAGCUGGAAUCCCUACCAGUGGCAGUGUUUAGUUUACAGAAACUCAGAUGCUUAGAUGUGAGUUACAACAACAUUUCCAUGAUCCCAAUAGAAAUAGGAUUGCUUCAGAACCUGCAGCAUUUGCAUAUCACGGGGAACAAAGUGGACGUUCUGCCGAAACAGCUGUUUAAAUGUGUUAAGUUGAGGACUUUGAAUCUGGGGCAAAACUGCAUCACAUCCCUCCCAGAGAAAAUCGGUCAGCUGUCACAGCUCACCCAGCUGGAGCUAAAGGGGAAUUGCUUGGACCGCCUGCCAGCCCAGCUGGGCCAGUGUCGCCUGCUCAAGAAAAGUGGGCUUGUGGUGGAAGAUCACCUUUUUGACACCCUGCCCCUCGAAGUCAAAGAAGCAUUGAAUCAAGAUAUAAAUAUUCCUUUUGCAAAUGGGAUUUAAACUGAGAUCCUGCCUGCACAUACAUGUGCAGGAACCACUUCCUAGAUUGCAGAUGUUCACGUACCAGUUAUUGCAAGAUGAUGCAUUUUAGGAGUAGAUACACCUUUAAAAAUACAACACAGGGAGAGGACGCAUAGAAGGCUGAUAGAAAACAUAACUGAAUGUUCAGCGUUUGUAGUGUUUUAAGUCAUUUACUUCCAAAUCUUUUCUCUCUUUUUCUUUUUUCUGGGGAAAGGGAAGGAAAAAUUAUAAUCACUAAUCUUGGUUUCUUUUUAAAUUGUUUGUAACUUGGAUGCUGCCGCUACUGAAUGUUUACAAAUUGCUUGCCUGCUAAAGUAAAUGAUUAAAUUGACAUUUUCUUACUAUGCCACCUUUUUUUGAGGUGUCUUGAUUUACUUUGCAUAAGUGGUAUAAUAAUGCUUUAAUUCAGACCACUGAAGGCACAUCAGGUAAAUUUAGAUUUGCUGAAAUACUGAUUUCUUUUUUGUUUUAAUUUCAAGCACCUAAAAUAAGCACUUCUUAUAAUAUUUAACUGGUGCUACUGCUUCUGAGAAUCCCGUUUUAUAGAUUUUACACUCUUGAAGGCCUGAAUUGCAGCAAAAGAGUGUGGAUCAUUGAGGGAGUUGUGUUUGUUUGUUUUUUAAGAAUAAAUAUCAAAGAAAAAAUAAAAGAACUCUUUCCUUACUAAUAGUUGUUUUCCAUAGUCUGGAGUUCUGCUUAUAUGAUAUGCUUUUCUAUCACUACUAUAGAGCUGCCAAUAAAUAGAAAAUGUUAGUUUAAAAUAAAUUUAAUUACAAC